UCCGCACAUGCGCACUGACGCAUACAAGUGAAACUACUCCGGAUCACUUCCACUGCUGCUGUUGUGCUCAUUAUUCACUUCUUCCUGGAUUAAAUUAACAGUUUACGUUAACACACAUUGUUUACUCUAUUGAGUUCCAGUAAUGUCGAACACAUGAUGCCCGCCAUGCGAUUAUCUUACGUCGUAUGUUUGACAUUACUGAAUCUCAUUAUUGUAAUAUGCUGUGAAGCAUGCAACACUACUGAGUAUGACGUUGAUGGAGUAUGCUGUCUGAUGUGCACUCCUGGUCACCGUGUGUUAAAGCACUGCGGCAAAAAUUCAGGCACAGUGUGUAGAUUGUGCACUGGAUCAACCUACACUGAUGUCCCGAAUGGUCUGACAGCAUGUCUCAGCUGCACUGUGUGUGAUGAAGGUAAUGGAUUAAGGGUAAAGAAUAAGUGUUCAUACAAUUCAGAUGCACUCUGUGAGCCUUUGCCAGGACAUUAUUGUAUACUAACUCAUGGUGAGAGCUGCAGAAAAGCCAGAGAGCACUCCACCUGCCUUCCUGGACAAUACAUCUACCAGACAGGAACAGCUUUAAAGGAUACUGUAUGUAAAGACUGCUCUGAAGAGACAUAUUCAAAUGGUUCUUUAAUGAAUUGUGAACCACAUACAAAUUGUGAGUCUUUGGAGCAGAUAACAGUCACAUGGGGAACACCAUCGAGUGAUGCAGUGUGCACCCAUAAACCAUCUGGGCCUCAUCUGGGCCUCAUCAUUGGGGUUUUGUUGUCACUGAUAUUGUUAAUUGUUAUCUUAAGUGUUUUAUUAUGUAAAAAUACUAGAAAAUUCAACAUACUAUAGAAAUCAUACAGUGGACAUGCUGGACAGGGGGAUUAUAACUUAUAUAGAGUAUAAGUAGUGUUAACAUGAAUUGAAAUUAGAAUUAAAACCAGGCAGUUGUUAAAAUAAUACACAGUGCUGUGGAAAGAAACAAGCUCUAACAGCAUGAGUAAAUUUAUACGAUUAAAAUUAAAUCUAUGCUGUGAUCCUAAGAGGGUCCAUGGCAAUUCCUUUACAUUGGAAGUGGUCUCUGGCUGCAAAACGUUUGAAAACCUCUUUACAUAAUGGCUCCAAAGUGAAUUCUUACUCUAAUAUUCUGUUUAUAUCUAAUUAUAUUUUUAAUGUGAAAGAAGAAAAUUAAUUUAUAAAUCUAGCCAACCCUAGUAGUUAAAGAUUAUUGCACAUAAUAUUGUGAACAUUGAUUUAAUUCCACUAGUUUGAGUCUUGCUUUCAUGGCACAUAAUAUAUAAGUGAAUGCCCCUGCCUUGACUGUGUAAUUCCCUGAGCAAUUUCUUGUUAAUUCUAUGUCUUGGCCUUUCAAUGUAACACGCUUUUCUUCUUCCCUUGUUGAGGGAAUCCAUGUUGUUAUCUUAACCAUACCAGUAUUUUAGUAGCUUAAGUGACUCGUUGAAAGCUGGAUUGAGUCACCAUUACUGUAGACUUAAGAAGCAAAGCAUGCUGGUUGUGAUACAAUAUUUUACAAGGCUAAUUUAACAAGUUAAUAUGGCUUCAAAUACACUGUGCUGGUUGCCAAGGACAAGACUUGAUGUAUAUGUUUUUUCUGAUGUCUCCUCUCCCCUCUCUCAGUGUGUUUCCCUGCUCACCACAAAGGGGAGCUGAGAGUAAGAUUGGAAGCACGAAAGUGGUGCUUAGUGAUUGAAAUCUCGGUGCUUUCAGUGAGUGAUUGCAUUUGGGACAAACGACCAGAUUUAAUACUGCCAGUUAUUUAUCACUGCAUAACUAUCGCUUAAAUUGUUCAGCCAAAUCAAAGUGCUACAUAUACAUGCAUUAACUAACAAGCAGCAGUGCAGUCAGACCCUCAUGCUUCCUCAGUGCAACUUCUUAACUUUCUCACCUGACUGGCUCUAAACAAUUAUUCUGUAACAAACAUGUCAGAUAUUGGAAAAUUCAAAUUCACGAGAUGCACUUAAUGUGUUUAAAGGGUGCACUGUAUGUGAUUAAAGACAUUAGAGCAGUGGUGUCAAACGUGGCUCUUGGCUGGUGUCAUAUCACAGCAAACCACGUCUGUGACUACAUUUACAUGGACAGCAGUAAUCUAACUAUUGACCUUAGUAUUAUCUUACUCAGAGUAAGGUCAAUAAUUAGAUUACUGCUGUCCAUGUAAACAUAGUCAUUGUUGUCCAUGUAAACGCACUGUAUGGUUCACGAUUUGGAUUUGUCUCUCACAUAAUAAAGCUCUUAUCUGCA